AUGCCACAUUUCGUACCACCAAUGUUCUCGCCCAGGCCUGUCCACUGCGAGCCGGAACAACCGCAGCAGACACAGCAGGGUCAGGCUGUUCCAGCGAACGGCCACGGCAAUGGUCACGGAAAUGGACAGCAUGGCGUAUAUUGGAUUCCACAUCUUCCUGGUGAAGGCCGCUUCGUGGUCAAUGCCAAACUCUAUUCGCGUCAGAAUGCCAACCCCACCUUCACAGAACAUCUGGAAAAGUUCCGCCGCGAGGUUGCUGCCUCAUCUCCAGGCAUGCUUUCCUACAAGACCUCCGUGGUUCGAGGCGCGACGGACCAGGAGAACCUCAUCUGCCACGACCUAUACAUCUCGGACGACUUGGAAUCGCAUCCCAUUCCAUCAGAAAAGGAUCAGCGAGAGGGGCUUGCCGUCGCACGAUUGAAGGAGAUCCAAGAGGAGAAGAAGGAGAAGCCCGUCCAGAGCGCACUCACGGAAGUCGCCAAAUCGGCGUACAACUUUGGUCUUGGUGGUAUUGCCGGUUCCAUCGGUGCGACGAUUGUCUAUCCAAUCGACUUGGUCAAGACACGUAUGCAGAACCAGCGUUCUACCGUUGUUGGUGAACCGCUCAUGUACAAAAACUCGAUAGACUGCGUCAAGAAGGUUUUCCGCAACGAAGGUUUCAAAGGUUUCUACUCUGGUCUCGGCCCUCAGCUGCUUGGUGUCGCACCAGAAAAGGCCAUCAAGCUGACGGUCAACGACUUGGUACGAGGGCACGCCAAGGAUCCAAUCACAGGUGCCAUCACAUUGCCGUGGGAGCUGUUCGCUGGUGGUGCUGCCGGUGGUUGCCAGGUCAUCUUCACGAACCCUCUCGAGAUUGUCAAGAUUCGUCUGCAGGUGGCUGGUGAGAUCGCAAAGGCGGAAGGGGGUGAUCGUGUCGCUCGAGGUGCGGUCCACAUUGUGCGACAGCUCGGUCUUGUGGGUCUGUACAAGGGUGCUACGGCUUGUUUGCUGCGAGACAUUCCCUUCUCUGCCAUCUACUUCCCCGCAUACGCACAUCUCAAGAAGGACACGUUCCAGGAGGGCAAGGACGGGAAGAAGCUCGGAUUCGGAGAGAUGCUGGCCUCUGCUGCCAUCGCUGGUAUGCCCGCUGCCUUCUUGACCACGCCAGCCGAUGUAAUCAAGACCCGUCUGCAAGUCGAGGCAAGAAAGGGACAGGCAACGUACAAGGGUAUAUUCGACUGUUUCACCAAGCUCCUGGCCGAGGAAGGACCCAAGGCCUUCUUCAAGGGUUCGCUUGCCCGUGUGUUGCGAUCUUCGCCUCAGUUCGGUGCUACACUUGUGGCGUAUGAAUACUUGCAAAAGUUCCUGCCAUACCCCUUCGAGGAGACAGAGGUGGCCGACGUUCUGCGAGACGGUGUCCCUGGCGAAGACCCUUCGCGUACACAUGCACGACGUGCUCUUCAGCUCCUUCUCGAAAUGCACGACGACUUUGGUCGUCCUCCCGCAUCUGCAUCUGCAUCUGCCAAGUAA